CAAACAUGGCGACAGACUGGAGUGGACAGGGGUAUAUUCUAACUUUAAUCAUUUUUCUCUGGAGCGCAGUAGCCGGUCGAACGGAGGCAGCGGGAGUGGAGGUCAGUAACAGCAAGAUCUUUGGCAUGAGACUGGAAAGAAGCGACAAGCCAGCGAUAACGACUGAUGACGGGGUCAUCCAGGUAACUGAGGAGAGCAAGAUCCUGCUCAGGUUUUAUGGGCUGCAGAUCAACUCGAACACCUCUUCACAGAUCAGGUUCACGGAACGGAGUGACGAGGAUAACGAAAAUGAAAUUUUCAACAGGACUUGCGCCGACUUCACGAAAGACUUCGUACUCGGCCGUCACAUGAACGCGAGCAACCAGGGCACUACCGGAGUGCUGAGUGUAAACAUUAAACCGCUCCGCAAGAGCGAGCCGCACAAGGAGUAUGGCUUGUGCGUCAGGCAAAGCCCGGAAGACAAGUGGUACCUGCUGGGUGAGACGGACGGCCGGCUCCGGGUGGUGGAGGAGAAGCCGUCCCUUCUGCCGAUGUGGCUGCAGAUCAUCCUCAUCGCAUUUCUCCUGGUGCUGUCAGGCAUGUUCAGCGGACUGAAUCUGGGGCUGAUGGCCCUUGACCCAAUGGAGCUUCGCAUCGUUCAGAGUUGUGGUACCGAGAAGGAGAAGAAGUACGCACGCAAAAUUGAGCCCAUUCGCAGGAAAGGGAACUACCUGCUGUGUUCCCUUUUGCUCGGCAAUGUGUUGGUAAAUACCACUCUCACAAUCCUGUUGGAUGACCUCAUCGGCUCCGGCCUUGGCGCGGUGGUCGCCUCCACGAUUGGCAUCGUUAUCUUCGGCGAGAUCGUGCCCCAGGCGUUGUGUUCUCGCCACGGUUUGGCAGUGGGGGCCAACACUAUCCUUGUGACCAAGUUGUUCAUGCUGCUCACCUUCCCACUGUCGUAUCCAAUUAGCAGACUCCUAGACUGUGUGUUAGGCCAGGAGAUUGGCACCGUGUACAACCGCGAGAAGCUCGUGGAGAUGCUCAAAGUGACAGAACCGUACAACGACUUGGUUAAAGAAGAGCUCAACAUGAUCCAAGGAGCUCUUGAGCUCCGUACUAAGACCGUGGAGGACGUUAUGACUCCUCUGGGUAACUGUUUCAUGAUCCACAGCGACGCGGUGCUUGACUUCAACACCAUGUCCGAGAUUAUGGAGAGCGGUUAUACGCGCAUCCCGGUCUUCGAUGACGAGCGCUCCAACAUCGUGGAUAUUCUCUUUGUCAAGGACCUGGCGUUCGUGGACCCUGACGACAGUACGACGCUAAAAACGAUCACCAAGUUCUACAAUCACCCCGUGCAUUUUGUCUUUCACGAUACCAAGUUGGAUUCCAUGCUGGAAGAGUUUAAAAAAGGUAAAUCCCACCUGGCCAUCGUGCAGAAGGUGAAUAACGAGGGGGAGGGGGACCCCUUCUACGAGGUGCUGGGCCUGGUCACGCUCGAGGACGUCAUCGAGGAGAUCAUCAAGUCCGAGAUCCUGGACGAGUCCGACCUCUACACUGACAAUCGCAACAGGAAGAAAGUGGCCCCAAACAAGAACAAGCGAGACUUCUCCGCCUUUAAGCACGAGAGUGAAUCAAAGGUCAAGAUCUCGCCCCAGCUGCUCCUGGCCGCGCACCGUUUCCUGGCAACAGAGGUGAGCCUGUUCCACCCGUCCCUGAUCUCAGAGAAGGUCCUCCUGCGCAUCCUGAGGCACCCCGACGUCAUCCAGGACAUCAAGUUUAACGACGGCGACAAGCGCUCCGCCCUGCACUACGUCUACCAGCGCGGGAAGCCCGUCGACUACUUUGUGCUCAUACUGCAGGGACGGGUUGAGGUGGAGGCUGGGAAUGAGAACAUGAAGUUUGAGACGGGACCCUUCUCCUUCUACGGUGUGAUGGCCCUAAGUGCCCCGUCGCUGGAGUUCCGCUCUCCCUCCCACAUCAGCGGGCUGAACCGCUCCGCCUCGCUCAGCCACACGGACCGCACCGACGCCCUGUCCGUCAGCGGCAGCAACAGCCAGCUCAACAGCGCCCCCUCGCCACAGUACACCCCCGACUUCUAUGUGCGCGCGCUGUGUGACCUGCAAUACGUCAAGAUAACGCGCUCGCAGUACCAGAACGGGCUGGUGGCGUCCCGCAUGGACAGCACCCCCCAGUCCCCGGAGAGCGGACACACGCACCUGGACUCCUCCCCCACCCAGCCCCCCGACCCGGCCGAGAACGGGCCCGACGAGACCACCUCCCUCCUCAACGAGCAAAACUGCCAGCCCUCCCAUCAAUCAAACCACAACACCCACACAGAGAGCACCAUCUGACAGCAGGGGGGCGGGACCGAGAGGACCCUGCACAGAGAAACACAGACCGAGAGACAUGCACACAGACACGCACGCACACACACAGACACGCACGCACGCACGCACACACGAGGCCCCGGCGCUCUGGAGCUUCUGCCACUUCCU